GUGGGGAGCCUCCAUGUCUUAACAUUCAUCACGUUCAUUAGAGCCAACGAACAUUGAAACUCGAUCAUUACACAGAGUCUCGAUGGAGAGCUCACCGAGUUCCGACCAAAACGAGGUAUCUGCCUCUGAAACUCCGACAAGCUCCGUCUCUUCACCGUACCGGAGAACAUACUCAGAUAUCUCCGGUUUAUCUCACCGGUUCGACGUUCAGAGCUUCUAUAACCGGCCGUCAAACACAAACGCCGUUGUCCAUGAAGAAGAUCUCUCCGAAGACGCCGUGGAACCAAAAGAUAACGUCGACGGCGAUGGAGAAGAUCAUGAUCGAGACAGUGACGUUGACUCUGCAGAAGACGCAGAGCUGGAGAUGAUGAGGGAAAGAUUCGCGAAGCUGUUGCUCGGUGAAGAUAUGUCGGGAAGUGGGAAAGGAGUUUGCACUGCUGUUACUGUCUCUAACUCCAUAACUAAUCUCUAUGCGACUGUGUUUGGACAGAGUUUGAGAUUGCAACCAUUGAGUACAGAGAAGAAGGAUCUAUGGAAACGUGAGAUGAAUUGUUUUAUGUCUAUAUGUGAUUACAUUGUUGAAGUUGUUCCAAGAUCUCUUGGUAAUAAUGUUGAGAUAACGGAAACAAAACUAAGAUCUGAUAUUCUCAUGAAUCUUCCUGCUUUGAGAAAACUCGAUAAUAUGCUCAUGGAUAUAUUGGAUGGUUUUACGGAGAAUGAGUUCUGGUACGUGGAGAGAGGAAGCUCAUCAAUGAACUCUAACAAUGGUGGUAGAGAUUCAGGAUCGUUUCGGAAAGUUGUGGUUCAACGGAAAGACGAGAAGUGGUGGCUUCCUGUGCCAUGUGUUCCUGCUGAAGGUUUAUCAGAAAAUGAACGGAAGAAUUUGCGUCACAAACGUGACUGUGCUAAUCAGAUACAUAAGGCUGCAUUGGCCAUUAACGACUCCACUCUUAAUGACAUGGAUAUUCCUGACUCUUACCUCACCACUCUCCCAAAGAGUGGGAAAGCAAGUGUAGGAGACGUGAUAUACAAGCAACUGUGCACAGCUGAGAAGUUUUAUCCAGACCAGCUUCUUGAUAUCUUGAAGAUUUCAUCGGAGCAUGAAGCGCUUGAGCUAGCUGACAAAGUCGAGGCUUCACUAGUUACAUGGAGGCGUAAGACCGGAGGGUUGGCUCACUCUAAAUCCUCAUGGGACAUGAUGAAAGAUAUGGGCGGCGACGCUGGGAAUGACAAGAACCACAUUCUCGCAGCUCGAGCUAGGAGCUUACUGUUCUGUCUGAAACAGAGAUUCCCUGAACUCUCUCAGACCUCACUUGACAUCUGCAAGAUUCAGUAUAACCGAGAUGUGGGCAAGGCUGUAUUGGAGAGCUAUUCGAGGGUCUUAGAAGGUUUGGCUUAUAAUGUUGUGUCGUGGAUUGAUGAUGUUCUCUACGUGGACAGAACAGUGAGGAACAGAGAUGAUUAAGGUUUCAAUACUAAGUUUUUCUUCUUCUGAGUGUAAUGAGAAUACAAAACAAAAUGUUUUUGUGUGUUGGUUAUGAUUGUGUUCUGAAUCUUAAAAGGACUUU